GAAUUUCAAAAUUUGUGAUCAUGACUACUUUACUCCACGUUGCUACAAUGCAACCAUAAAAGAAUCUAAACCUUUUCUUCACUGUUGAUCCUCUUUCUCUGCAACUUCUCGUUGCAUCACUACACGAACCAAAGAAAAACGAUUUCAAGAAAAUGAAGUUUAGUUGGAUUCUACCACUUCUUGUUUCUUCCAUCUCUCUCUGCUCUUCUCUCAACUCCGACGGUUUAUCUCUUCUCGCUCUCAAAUCCGCCGUGGACAACGACCCGACCAAAGUAAUGAACCACUGGUCCGAAUCCGACCAAACUCCUUGCCAUUGGUCCGGAGUCGCCUGUACAAACGGCCGAGUCACGUCACUCAACCUCUUCGGGAACAGUCUCUCCGGUUACAUCCCCUCAGAACUCGGUCUACUCGACUCGCUUAACCGGCUCGAUCUAGCUCACAACAAUUUCUCCAAACCGGUACCGGUUCGCCUCUUCGAACCAACUAACCUCCGGUACAUCGAUCUCUCUCACAACUCACUCUCCGGUCCGAUCCCAGACCAAAUCCGCCACUUAAAAUCACUAAACCAUCUCGAUUUAUCCUCUAACCGGCUCAACGGCUCACUUCCCGAGUCACUCACCGAACUCGGAAGCCUCGCCGGAACUCUAAACCUCUCGUUUAACCGAUUCACCGGCGAGAUUCCACCGUCGUACGGUCGGUUACCUCUCCACGUCACCUUGGAUCUCAGCCACAACGACCUCACCGGAAAAGUACCUCAGGUGGGUUCUCUGUUGAACCAAGGACCGUUCGCGUUCGCCGGAAAUUCUCAUCUCUGCGGCUUCCCGUCGCAGACACCGUGCGAAGAUUUCGAGAUCCCUAAUCUCAUCGCCGCUAAGCCGGAAAGUACUCAAGAGCUUCAGAAACCGAACCCUAGCGUGAUCAGCAAGGAAGAAGGACACGAGAAGCAGACCACCGGUUCUGUAACGGUCUCAUUGAUCUCUGGAGUGUCCGUCGUCAUCGGAGCUGUUUCUCUAUCGGUGUGGCUGAUCCGGAGAAAACAGAGCUCCUCCGCCGUGUACAAAACAGAGACGGUGGUCGCAGAGUUCGACGAAGAAGGGCAAGACGGUAAAUUUGUAGCCUUUGACGAAGGGUUUCAGCUAGACCUUGAGGAUUUGCUGAGAGCUUCGGCUUACGUGAUAGGCAAGAGCAGGAGCGGGAUUGUAUACAGAGUCGUGGCGGCGGAACCAUCCUCCUCCUCCUCCGCCGUUGUCGCGGUUAGAAGACUCAGCGACGGUAACGCCACGUGGCGGUUUAAGGAGUUCGUGAACGAAGUGGAGAACAUCGGUAUGGUCAGCCACCCUAACAUUGUAAGGCUGAGAGCUUAUUACUAUGCAGAGGACGAGAAGCUUCUCAUCACUGAUUACAUUGGCAAUGGAAGCUUGUACUCUGCUUUGCAUGGUGGGCCUUCGAAUACACGGUCUCCACUCUCUUGGGCUGAGAGGUUACACAUAGCGCAAGGGACUGCUCGGGGCUUGAUGUAUAUACAUGAGUACAGUUCGAGAAAGUAUGUACAUGGCAACCUAAAAACAAGCAAAAUCCUGUUAGAUGAUGAGUUACUUCCUCACGUCUCAGGCUUCGGUCUCACACGUCUGGUUCAUGGUUACCCCAAGCUACCAGAUCAUUCACUAUCCACCAACGUGCAAAGCUUUGCGACAAGACUCUCAGCUCCUCCUCAAGCUGCUUACCUUGCACCAGAAGCCAGAGCUUCUUCCGGUUACAAAUCAUCUCAGAAAUGCGAUGUUUAUUCUUUUGGUGUGAUUCUGUUGGAGUUGUUGACUGGUUGUUUGCCUGGUGGUUUCUCUGAAAACGGAGGAGAGGAACUCGUUAGUGUUGUGAGGAAGUGGCACAAGGAAGGGAGAUCGUUGGCCGAUAUCUUAGACCCCAAGCUUUUAAAACAAGAGUUAGCUGAUAAGCAAGCUAUUGCAGCUAUUCGUGUGGCUUUGAACUGCACGGAUACAAAUCCAGAGUUGCGUCCUAGGAUGAGAUCUGUGUCUGAGAGUUUAGGUCGAAUCAAAACGGUAUAAACCUUCAGUGCAUGAGCCAGGAAAUGUGUAUGCUAAUUUCAGGCAACAAAGUUAUGCUAUGUAAUUUCUAUGGCGAGCUUAAAUGAAGGGUUUAGUGCUUUGUUUAUCA